AUGCCUGCAGCUAAGAUAUCCGAUGCUGGUAUUGCCCGGCUGAAGCAGCUCGUCGAGGAGUACGGUGCGGAGACGGACAAGCCUGGGACUGCAGUCGGCAUUGUGAACUCCGAGGGGCAGCUGCUCUUCAAUGCAGCCGCUGGACCCAGCGACAUCACAACCGGCAAGCCCAUGGCGCAGGACCAGGUCUUCUGGAUCGCAAGCUGCACUAAGAUUGUGACCGCAAUUGCGUGCAUGCAACUCGUUGAGAGCGGGAAGCUUUCUCUGCAUGAGCCUCUCGGCACUCUUUGCCCUGAGCUCGCGGAACCCGAUAUCAUCAUCGCGUCCACGCCCACCAGCAUCGAGACGAGGAAGGCGGAGAAGAAGAUCACGCUCCAUCAUCUUCUUACGCAUACUGCGGGGUACAGCUACUCCUGGUACUCCGAGCACAUCAAGAACUGGUCCGACAUCAACAAGGUCGACGAGUUCAGCGGGACCAGGCGCUUGAUGCCCCUCAUCUUCGAACCCGGCACUAGGUACUCGUACGGUAUCAACAUGGAUUGGGCUGGACUAGUUGUCGAGGCCGCGACGGGCAUGAAGCUGGGCGACUACAUGGAGCAGAACAUCUUUGGGCCCCUGGGCGUGAAGGACGUCUGCUUUGAUCUGUCGAAGCGCCCGGACAUGAAGGCGCGGCUGGCACCUAUCCAUGCCUGGAACAAGGAGGAGGGCACCUUCGGUCCUCGUGAACAUACACGACUUGCGGGAACGCCUCAGAUUCAUGGAGGCGGUGGCGGCCUCUUCAGUACGGUGGCGGACUACCUGCAGAUCUUGGUCGUACUCUUGAACGGGGGGAAGGGCGCUAAUGGGACGCGCGUGCUGAAGGAGGAGACGGUCAAGAUGAUGUGGCAAGAUCAGCUCGGCGAUAUCAAGAAGACGAUCUCCGAGCCAGCAGACGUAUCGGACUCCAAGUACGCUGGCGAGCCUCUCGCGCUCGGCGAGAACAAAGGGUGGGGGUACUCUAUGCUCUUGAACGAGACUACGCUGCCUACCGGUCGCACGCCUGGUUCUGGCGAAUGGGGCGGUAUUAGUAACCUUGUAUGGGUGGCUGACGCUACCAAGGGUGUUGCGUAUUUGGUGGCGAACUGUAUCCUUCCGUACGGUGUACCGCGGUUCCAUCACCUGGCGGACAACAUCGAGAAGACGAUCUACGAUAACUUGGUGUAG